AUGUCUCCACCCUGCAAGAAGCUCGCCAAAUGGGACACGGCCUCUCUGAAUAGAGUCAACAACCUCUGGAUCGGCUACGGUGAUCACUACGGCGGUUUCAUCGCCGGCCUAGUCUUCGACGGCGAUUUCGUCCCUGAUCUACCUGGCCACCUCCUCUUCGAAGGUCGUUUCAAUAAAACAAUGAAGAAUACGAACGGCCAUGACGCGAACGAAGGUGUGCUUUUCACAUUACCCACUGUAAAAUCCACAGCCUCCUUCGCCAGCCUUGUCGAGCUUUAA